AUGCCAACUCAGACUCCCGAAGAGCUUCUCAGGGCUGUCGAGGCUAGCCACGAGCAAUACCUUCGCAGCCUGCGAAGUCUUCACGAAUCGCUGGCCAGCGCCGUGAGAGAACGAUCGGAGCCCCGAACGACACCCAGUAUUACCUUGCCGACAUCACCCGCCUCGCGACUAUCCAAUAGCCCAUACCAGAGUCCGGUCCAGAGCCCGGUGCAAACAUCCCAGGCGGCUUUUCCAUCGGCGUCAUAUCGUACUCGCAGCUCAACCUUUUCCGAGCCUAUCGAGAAGCGACCGCUUACCAACGGCAGCGAGAAAGACCACGUUCCGGCCUCGGUUUACUCGGGACUCGAAGUCGAGUAUCUCCCCUUGCUGGAUGUCGCAGCCCCCCGCGAGGCUUCAGGCUCCGAUGGCACUCUCACUCCAUCCGCCUCGAAGCUCAUUGAGCGGGUGUCUUGGACCGACAGCCAACUUCUCCAUCAUCUCAAGCAUUUCAACUUCACCGGCGGCGCCGCCAUUGCCCUGACAGACGUGAUCAAGCGGCAGACCGAGAUCGAUGAGAGGACAGACUUCGGGACCUUUGCCGCCUACGAAAGUCAGGGCUACGUCAGCUCAACCUUUGAGCUAUACGACGUCGACACGAAGGGGGCGCCUCGUCAUGUGGGUAAGCAAUCGGACCGGCAGCCCCAGGGCGUUGCGCCCGACGUCGCCCCAUCCCCAAGCCAGAUUGUCGACGCGCCGACUGUUUGGAACGCACUCAAGGGCAUUCACGCAGACGGCCAAGCCGUUGGUCUCGUGACAAUCCUCCAGGAGCCUUCGGCCCUCAUGCUCGGCGCCCUGCACAUGACCAUGUCGCCAUACUUUGACAUGACGGAGCUCCUCAAUCACUUCAUCACAGACCACGAAAACAACGGCAAGACGACCGCCCAUGUCCACCGCGCCUUCGCCCGUGACCCGUCCCCCUCGCACCUCCGCCAGCGCAGCUUCUUCUUCGUCUUCAAGUACUAUACCGUCGUCGGCGACGGCCUCGAGCCCGCCCCCUUCCAGAAGUACGACAAGCGCCCGCCCGACCGCCGCUCGCGGGACCACAUCGACAUCGCCGAGUGCAGCUCCAUCCUCGCCCUCUCGCUCUCCGGCCCGCCGCGCCAGUCCGUCAAGCAGACCCGCCGCCGCGAAGGGCCGCAGGAGGGGUUUCUCUUCGACACCUUCGCGCCGUGGCACCUGCUCUCGAUCCAGUCCUUCCCGGACGAUGAGCACACUCUCCGCGGCGGCGACGCCGAGUCCCAAAAGACCUUCUUCUCCGGCCCGUGGGCAUUCCUCGACGCCCUGGUGACGGAGUACCGCGACGCGACGAAGCGGAACCUCGCCCUCCAUGCCCGCAUCGCCAAGCUCAUCACCCCGCCAACCGACUUCAUGUUCGACGCCAGGCUGCGCGACAAGCUGCUCUUCGAGGACAAGCACUUCACCUACAUCCGGCGGUACUUCUGGGCCUAUAACACGCUGGGCGUCGUCAACGAGGGCCUGCGCGCCAUGCUCGCCGCGUACCGGGACACCUUCCCCGACGACUUCUGGGAGGGCCGGCACCCGACGCUGUGGCCGCACCCGUCCCCGGACAGCUCCGAGGGGAGGGCGUACCGAGACAAGAUGAUGCCGCUGCGGUCGGACUUGGAGAGGGCAUGCCGCGACCUGGAGACUGUGCACGCCAAGAACGCCGCGACGCGCAAGGAGAUUGAGAACCUGAGGGACCAGCUCUUCAGCGGGAGCUCGAUCAAGGAGUCACGACGGGCCAUCGAGCAGGGCGACAACAUCAAGGUGUUGACCCUGGGGUCCAUGGUGUUUCUCCCCCUGACGUUCGUAACUUCCGUCUUCGGUAUCACGGAAUUUACCAUCCCCGCGCAGGAUUGGCGCUUCCCCGUGACCAUGGUCUGCGUCUGCGUUCCCUUCAUCCUGGCCCUCAUUCUCCUGCAGACGCGCGCGGGGUACUCGCUUGCCAGGCACACCUUUGCCGCUCUCACGUGGCCGUUCCGCCUCUUGGCGAACGACGGGGCCGGGGACACGUUUCCGCCCGCGAUUGCUAUGCCUGCGGUCGAGGCGAGACCGCGCAGAAAGAGACGGCUCACGAGUCGAAGGCCGCCUUCGCCACAGCCGCCGGCUCAAGAGAAGCCUCAGGAGGCGAAGGAAGCGGGGCUAGGGUCGUGGUUGACUUGGGGACUGGGAAGAAGCAACGUCAAUACGAGGGGAGAUGAUAAAGAGGUGGGUCAGGAGGGCGAUGUCCUGGUGUUUGGUCAUGUUUAA